AUGGCGCUUACUGUUACCACCGAGUCCCAGAAGCUCUCGUCUGCCGAUGACUCGGACGGGGUUUCUAUCAACAUGGUCAUUCGGCAGGAUCCCUUCUCCAUCACUCUCGACGCUGCCGCUCUCCUGGCCGUGUCGAUUCUUCUCGUCCUCGGCAUGCACUUUGUGGACCACUUUGCCUUCGAGGCCAUGAUCAUUCUGGUUCCCGUCAUGCUACUGAUUCACAACGAUUACCUCAACUUUUUGAAGCUGGGGCCGGGAGGUACUCCUUCCACGCCGCGUGGGUAUGCGAGACUCACUUUCUACCGCCUCUUCACACUCCGUGACCCCUUUACGCCUCCACCGCGUAAUCCGUCCCAGGUACCGUCUGCCGGCAUCUUGAGCCAGCGGCCGCUCCUGUACCGACCCGGACCACGCCCCAGUGUCGCAGGCUUGGCCCCCCAGCGUCAGUUGAACCAGCACGGCUCGUUAAAGGCAUACAACCGGCUCUGUGCCGCAAUAGAAUCCCUCUGUGCCCGGCUGCCCCAAAAGUUUGUGACCGCCACAUCGUGCCUUGAGAAGCACGGUUUUGCUCUCUUCUCGAGGCACCCCGUAAACGUUUGUGGCAAUGGCGAGAUAUGCCACCUGCAUACAUCUGACAAGUCUAUGCACAUGAACCUCCACCCCGACGACAUCAAGGAGGUGCUGGAGAAGGGCUGGGGUGAGCGACAUCCCCUGGCCUUUGGGAAGAGCUGGAUAAUGGCUCCCGUCCCAAACACGUUUUGCUUGAUCUAUGCCCCAAGAGAUGAAAGCGAUAUGCGGAUUGUGAACAAGAUCAUUGAGGCAGCCAUCUGGUAUACCACUGCAGAGCAAGUCGAGGUCCAGCUGGAGGCUUGA